AUGGGUCCUCAUUCUUUUGUUCUCCUUUUGACAACGCUGGCGUUGCUAUUCACGUUCGUCGAUGCCGUUGCACCCAUUGUUGAUGUCUCGUAUAGCAAGUAUAAAGGCAAAGACUUGGGGAACGGUGUUACCCAGUGGCUUGGUAUGCGAUAUGCCGCGCCGCCUUUGGGUGAGCUUAGGUUCAUGCCUCCUCAAGAUCCUAUCCGAAGUCGUCAGGCCAAGGAUGCAAGUAGAUUCAGACUGAAGUGUAUUGGAUAUGGCGCUGGUGUAGGAUCAAUUGACAAGACCCAGUCCGAGGAUUGCCUCUUCAUCAACGUCUUUGCACCUACAAAUGCUGCCAGAAUGGCCAGACUCCCUGUGUUUGUCUACAUCCAGGGUGGUGGAUUUACCUCCAACUCCAAGCCUGCGAUUAAUGGUACCAGGCUUAUUCAGGCUUCUGGCUUGAACAUGAUUGUUGUGACACUCAACUACCGCGUGUCGAUCUUUGGCUUCUUAUCACAUCUUGAUAUGGUUCAGCCAAACAUUGGUCUUCUCGACCAGAGAAGAGCCCUUCAAUGGGUGCAACAAUACAUCUCAAGAUUCGGCGGCAACCCUAAGCAGGUCACACUUGGCGGUAACUCAGCAGGGGCUUCGAGCGUUGCCUUCCAUAUGGCAGCCUACGGAGGCAGAGACGACAACCUUUUUCACGCAGCUUCGGCCGAGUCCAUCUCGUCUUCACCGAUAGUCACAUUGGAACAAGCAGCUUACCGGGCCAACAACACGAUUGGCAGACUGAACUGCACCGACGUAGAUGUCAUGGCCUGCAUGCGGAAUAAGACAGCGUAUGAUAUAUCAGUCGCCAGCACCAAUAUUCCAUACCCGGGAGUCGAUAAAGCCCCCUUGAGUAUGUGGGCGCCUGUUGUUGACGGAAACUUUGUGACGGACGGUCUCUGGAAUUCUUUCAAUCAGGGCAAGUUCGUCAAAGUGCCGUCUCUCAUCGGAGCCACGACUAACGAGGGCGUUGGGUUCGUCUCGUCUGCCUCUGCCUCAUCGCAGACAGCAGUUACCAACUUUUGGCAAGCUGAGUAUCCUCAGUUGAACUUGACGUCUCACUUGGCCCGCGUCAGCGACUUGUAUCCUUUCACGAGUGACACAUGCUCAAGCUCAAGCCCGAGCGCUGGUUGCUUGAGAAAGCAGUUGAGCGACUCCUAUGGAGACAUGCGAUUUCUCUGCCCAGGCACUUCUAUCUCGGGUGCCAUGUCUCUCUGGAUGCCCGGCAAGACUUGGAACUACUGGUACAACGUCGAGGAUCCUUUCGACAUGGCUAGAGGCCAGGGUGUUCCGCAUUGUGUCGAGAUGCACGCAUUAUGGGGUCCUGGCCAUGCGCCGGGCGCCCAAUUGCCCUCGAGCUACUUGGACGGAGACAUCAACGCAAAUGUUACCACGGUUGUUCAAAGCUACUGGAUUAGCUUCAUCCGCGGCAAGGAUCCCAAUAAGUACCGAGGUGUGAAUGCUACCACAGCGAUAUGGAGCCCAUACUCUACCUCACAAAGACAACGGCUGGUGUUUGACACAGCGGGCGUCACAAGUGUCCAAAACAUGACGCAGACUAUGCAGGAUAGAUGUGACUACUUUGGAUCUAUCUCUGCUCUGGUUCAGCAGUAG